AUUUCUCAUAAUUUCCUCUUCUUGCAGGUCAUCAACUGUGGCGAUUUAGACAGUUAUCCCUUAUUACAAUACUUGGAUUUAUCAUUUAGCCACAUAGAGCAUAUUGAAGAUGAUGCCUUGGGCCGCUUGGAAAUUUUAGAGAUUCUCAUGUUAGAUCACAAUAAAUUAAGCAAAGUACCCAUUAGUCUACCCAUUUCACUGGAGCAUUUAUUUUUACAAAAUAAUGAUAUAAUGGAAAUACCUCAACAGGCUUUUCAGGGUCUUAAUAACUUAAAAACAUUAGAUUUGUCACACAAUAAACUGCUGUAUUUGCCUGAUAUUAUGCUGCCAAAAUUACAGACACUAAAUCUACAAUCCUCGGAAAUAAGAGGUAUAAGUCAGGGUAUUAUACACUCUUUGCCAAAGUUAAAUGAUCUAAUGCUGGAGGAUAAUCCCAUUAAAUGUGCUGAUCUCUUGGGUAUAGCCGAAUGGGCCAGCACCUGUCGUUUAAGGGUGGAAAAGGAGCAGGAAGGUGAGGAUGAGCAGGAUGAACAAGAAAAUUUUGUAAUUAAAAUACAAGAUUUAAAGAAUAAAUUUGAAAAAAUGCAUAACUUUUACGAACAAUUUGGUUUAAAUACUUCUACGCUGAAUAACAGAUUAUUGAAUGACUUAAAACCUCCCGCUUGUGUACAAGAGAAUUCUGUGCAAAACAUAGUUAAGAACCAAAAUCUAGAGAUUGGAGAUAAAAAGAAAUUCAAGUCAACAUCUCUUGCCUUAAAUAAACCAUUGGAGGAAACAAACUUUAAUCAAAAUUCUAUGAAUUCCAGUCCGUUAUUAUCAACAACAACAGCAGCUACUGUCGAAAAAACUUCAAGACAACACAAUAAUAAUCAAACAGAUACAGAAAGAAGACGCAAGGCAGUUGAAAGCGUAGAAGAGCUGCAACAAAAACUUGAAGAUGAAACUGCAGUAAAAACAAUUACCAUAGAAAAUCCCAUACAAACUUUGCCAGCAACAAUGCAGUCAAGCAUUUUAAAUGAAAAACAAACCCCUAAUACAACCACAAAAAGUUUUAACUCGAAUGCAACCACUACAACAACUGUUGUUGCAUCAACUUCAGUCAUCGCUACCAUUUCCAACAAACUAAAGACUGCAGGAAAUGAGGGGCCAGAGGAAGAAGACAUUGUUGUUAAACCUACAUUUACAAACGAAAUGAAAACAUUUGAUCACUUGACUGCAAAUGCAGAUGCUGUUGCCACAACAACGUCGGCAGCAGUCAUACAACAACAUGAAAUUGCAUCAAUAGGAAAUACUCCAACAGUAAGUUCUUCAAAUAUGACAGAAGUAGUUAAAGCUGUGCUAAAACAUACUAAAGAAGCAGAACAACAACUUGAAGAUGUGCAACAUAGAACAACUUUUCGAACAAAAAAAUCGAAAAAGUGGCUGAAACAAACAACCCCACUAAAAGGUGGGGAUGACAUAGAAAUGCCACAAAACAUGGAAAUUUUGUUAAAGCAGGACAAAACUAAAGAUAUAAAUGCAGCACAAUUUAUAAAAUCGACAACAUUUGCUACGCCAAUAAAUUCUGAAACACAAGCAACCACAAUAGUCCCCCCAACACCAACAUCGGCGGCACUAACAACCACAACAAUGGCUGAAGCAUUCAUACAAACAAAGCAGGAAAACAAACUUGUCAAGGAUGCGCAGAGAUGGGCUGGUGAAGGGGUGCCACAAGAAAAAGAUGUAGAUGUUUUAGAUUUUGAAAGUACAACAAGCAAAUUGGAGAUAAAUCUUGAACGUAACGAAAAACAACAGCAUGAAAUUAAAACAAAAAAUGCCACUACAAAAGAGAUUAAAUCUUCAGCAACAAUAAACCCCAAAAGUAUGCAAACAAAACUAACUGACACAGUAGUUACAACAACGGCAACAACUAUAAAAGCUCUACUUGAGUCCGCAACAACAAACAAAAGAAUAUCUGAAAAAGCAUUAAUUUUUUCCCCGGAACUAACAGCCAAUUUAGAAAAACCCAAUAAAGAGUUGAAUGGAUUUACACAAACCACCCACAGCAUCACCACAACAACUAACUCGCAUCUCUCGACUACACAAACAAUGACAAAAAAUUUUCCUAACAAUAAAACUACUACAACAGCAACAAAAUCAACAACCGACAAACCAUUAAAAGAAGAGAAACAUGCAGUAGAAACAACUACAAGUACUACUGCAGCAAUAUUAAAAACAUUCAAGACAAUUGAGCCAAAAACAACAGCAACAACUAUCCCUACUACUCUGGUUAAAGAUAAAGAUUUAGCAUCAAAUUACAAUGACAAAAAUAGACAAAUAUCUAAAACUAUAAAUAAAAACAACAAGAUUUUAAUAGAAACUACAACAAAUAGUAACAUUACCAGCAGCACCAUCAUCACCAGCAGUACAACUACAAGUGGAAAUAAUAAAAACAAUCAAAUUGCAAAGACAUUUGAUAUUACAACUACUAACUCAACUGCAUCAGCAGCAACUACUAUGGCCAUCAACAACAUUGUCGACCACCAGCAGCAGCAACAACAGCAACAGCACAAUCCAGCUCAUAUCUCAGAUAUUGUAAUGCCACAUUAUCAUCAGUCUUUAGAAAAGGAUGUCAAUGUUAAAUGUAUGCAAUCAAAUUCCAAUGAAUGCAAUUCGGCAGUAACAACAACAACAACUAGUAGUAGAGAAACACAAAAUGAGCUUGGUAGAACGCCAACUAUGGAAGACACAUUGGAACAGACAAUCGUUAGUAAAACCACAACAGAAAUUCCAACAGCAACAUCAGAAACUACGACAGUCAUACAUAAACAUGAACCCAUACAAUUGCUUGUUAAGGACAGACAUUUAAUCGGCACACCACUACUAAUGCACAAAGGAGAGAAUCUUAUGGUUACAGCCGAUGAACUUAUCUUGCCAAACAACAACCAUAAUGCUGAACAGGAAGAUGAUAACAACAACAACAACAGCAAAGCCCAACAUGACUUAGAGACCAAUACAAUGGCAAGCGAUAAUAAAAAUAAACAGAAUUUGGAAUUAAGCCAAACGACCGGGACACCAGCUACAGUCAUAGCAGCAACAAAAACAACUCUAAACAAACCUAUAAAGAUAGAACACAAUAUAAACAAAUCAACUAAUAAAAAAGGCCAAGAGGACAUUAAACUAGAAGAUCCUGCUGCAAGGCAAGAUGAUUUGGGAAAAAUUCAAAAACCCAAUUAUGAAAUGAAAACCAAAAAACCUUCUCUGAUUAUGAAGAAAAUGACCAUUAUAACGAAACAACAUGAAGCUAAACAGUAUAACCCAGCAGCUGAGCCCUUGGAAAAUGAGGUACAUGCCAAACAGUUUGAUAACUCUCACUAUCAGGAAUUAAAACCCCUUGCCACAACGCUAGAAAAGGAUGACUCUCAAACACACUCAGUAAAACACAGCACUGUGAAUACACCCAUCAACAGCAACAACAAAAAUCAGGACAACCGGCAGGCAGCCAACUUGUUGCAACAGCCGCAUACUUUUCAACACGAACACGAGUUAUUGAUACAGCAAAUUCUGCAGGAUCAACAGGCCGAAACACAUGCAAAACUUACCAAAACCGAACAAUGGUCGGAUUUGCGCCGGGCAGAGAGUAAAGAGAAUCAUCCGGGUUUAAUACUGCUGGUGUCAUCGGGCCUCUUUUUAGUUUUACUACUCGGUCUCAUGCACGUUUAUCGUUGUGAUAUGCCCUGGCGUCGCCACUCUCCCAGCUAUCAUUUACGACCCCAUCAAAGACAAAAUCAUACUUUGGACGAUGACUCCCACAGCUUUUUAAGCUAUAGUGAGGGUAUGCAAAAAUGGCAUCACAGCACUCGCCUGGAAGCUCCCUACAAUUCUCCUUUGCACAAUUUACAUGUACGAGAACUACAAAAAACUUCGGCCACUGAAAAACCUGCCACUGUGAAAACAUCUGCCACCAAUUUUAAGCCACAACCUUUAAGUCAUUCUAUAGUCCUGAACAAUUCCAGAUCUCUAUCCCAGUCCUCUACUACCACCACCUCAACAGCUUCGGCCUCUUCCUCAGCAAUUUUAGAUGAUGAAUCAUUUUAUAUCGAAAUGACACCAGAUUCUGGUCAAUUUGCCCAGGCCAUGCAGUCGGAACUUCUGCCCAUGGAACUUUUAAAUUUGACUCAAAUACAAACGGUGGACUAUCAGGAUGCCAUGGGCGAUAGUCAAACCUCCAUGGAAGAUGAGUGUGUGGUGCAUUAUAAGCAGCAGCCCCAGCAGAGAUACCAGCCCCACUUGAGUGCAUUAACGUCGUCAUCACCGCCCUCGUUACCCUGCUCGACUUCUUCACCGUCAAGAACAACACCAAUUUUGAGUGUCAAACCCCAGAUUCAAUCGCGCAAGUUUGGUUUAUGGUGACAAACCCUGCUACAGAGACAACAACACUAUGCACCAUUUCAAUAAAGGGCUGAUAUAAGAAUACAAAUAAUAAAUUUUGAUUUUGUAAAAGUUUUCUUCGAAUAAAAAAAA